ACCUUACUAUAUCUCAUUAUUGUCCGCCAAUUUGCAAUUUCCCUCAGAAAGAAUCAGCUCAAACUAUCUAAGUUAAGAAAUCGAGCUGAAGUAAGAAGCAUUACUGCGAAACCCGUGAAAACAUAGGUGGAAAUCAGAUGCAAAGCUAAAGAGGCUAUAAGAAUAAGAAGAGGAGAAAUAUCUUAACAUAAUCAGGUAAUUAUGAAAAGUGCUACCUUUUUAUUUUUGGUAAAGUCUUUAAGAGGAAAUCCCGAAAAAGGAGACGAUUUGUGUUGUGGAUUGCAGCAGGCUUGAAUAAUCGAAUUUUGUCAACUUUUUUCGUUAAUCCAGGCCAGGUGUUUUGGGCCAUAAAGCAGCCCUUGUUUAAGUGCAGGUAAAGCUCACCAAUCGCCAGGUAAAAGCCUAUAUUGGAGUAAGCCUUAAAACCAAUUUUAGGACCAAACGAAGCAACAAAAAAAAAAAACAUAUAAGUGUGAGGGACGAGGAAUUGCAGCUGUCAGAGAGAAUCGAGCCAUCAGAUCGGCAACAGCAUGGGCAACGUAAUGGAUCGCAAGGUGGUGACCUGUUCGGAGGCACGUGCCACGACGCAUGCCACGCCCACUCCCUGUCUGACGCCCAAGCAGGAGCAGGAGUCGAUGAGCAUGAAGCCCGAAAUGGAGCAGUCGGAGCAGAAGGAGAUUGUGCCCAAUUUGACAUUUCACUUGUUCAGCUAUCGCCAGCAAAUGGGUUGCAAGAAGCAUCAGCUGAUGAAGUGGGCCACCUCGAAGCUUCUCCUAACCGAGGAGCUAUUGAAGCUGCACAGGCAGCAUAUUCAGUCCACAACUGAAUCCUGGACCAACUAUGAGAAUCUGCUAUCCGAUGAGGAGGAUGAGGAGAACAAGGCACCAGCUGGCCAGGCUGAUGAUCCGCUGGCCCAGGAACUGUGCCACCUCAAGAACUACCGCCUGGAACUCAGGGGCACCAUUGUCGAAGUGGCCCAGGAGAAGAUGAAGAAGCGGGAGAAGAAGAAACUGAAGCGGCUGAAACGACGCACCCUGAUCUCCUCCAAGAAGCCCAGCAACAAGAACAAACAUAAGUUGGGGUGUUUUCAACAGGAUCUGGAGGAGCAUCUGACCUCGGAUCCUCAAAAUCAGCCAGAAGUCAUUGUCAUCGAUUAGGCUUACAUAUAGUUCCUAAGUCUUACUUAAUUUAGUUGUUACUCUCGUUCUAAUUG